CACCAACAGUACCGCCACUGGUUUGCCCUUUUCCGCGAGCGCAGCUAAUUUUUCCCCCGUCGGGAAAGGUUUGCCACUUGGUGUUUUUUUUUUUUGUUGUUUUCUUUCAGCUGUGCUCAUGCUGAACCCCCAGAAGCCGCUCCGUGGCCCGUUGUUUGAACGUAACGACUUGUUUAGCAUGGUGAAGCGCGCACUUCAAGUACCCAUGUUGGAAGGGUAUUCCGUUUUGCGAGUGAAAAGGACAUGGGCAAUUCUUACGAAGCUGACCAUGCUGCAAAGAAAUACUAUGGCCUUUUUGGCCUCAAACCGACCCUAACGCGAGACAGCAGUGUGUGUGUGUGCAGCACCGACAGCAGGUACAGCAAGAAGAGCGCCCACCAGCUGCAGCGAAAGGACGCGCGCCGGGUUCAUAAAUUGUCAAUCACCAACCUGUGCAAGCUUGUCUACCUUCGCGAAAAGCUCCUGGACAUUGUGAAACUUUCCAAGGUCGGCAUAACCAUCUCUCAAUCGCGGCUUUUCAGUAGAUUGUGCCCUGUGUACAAUGUGACAAACAAAAUGUAAUGAACAGAGAUAACAAAACCAAACGAUCGAUCGGAGGUUAAACUGGAGCUUCCGAGGUGGAAAAACAAAUCGAAUAAUUUGUUUCACAAACACACAGUCCCCAUUUCUGGUCCGGGGUAGCUGGGGUUUGAAGUCGUGUGGGACUCAUUACACGCUCUGACGUGCGUAGCUACAUGGUACGAUGGAAGUUUUUUGUAGGCUUUAAUACAUCUGAACUUUUCUGAGUCCAGUUUUAGGCAUUAUCUCGCAAAAUUAGUGCCAAAUGCAAUUAAAUACAAAACGGCCCAGUAAAUUCCCAACAUUCUGAGUAAUCAUCUACAAAUAACCCUAACGUGCUAAUUAGUACCAACAUG